AUGAGCGCAAUUCUUUCAGCAGACGAUUUGAAUGAUUUCAUAUCACCAGGAGUGGCAUGUAUCAAGCCAGUAGAGUCUCUGCCGAAGAAGGGGGCAGAAACUACAGAGAAUGCGUAUGAAGUGACGACGGAAGAUAAGGUUCAGCCUGAGAACCUGCCUCCUGCACAAAUUUCAUUGACGGACUGUCUGGCAUGUUCGGGCUGUGUGACCUCUGCGGAAGCAGUCCUCAUCUCUUUGCAAUCCCACACGGAGGUCCUGAACACUCUCGAUGCGCACCCCGAAAUCCCACUUGCGCGAGACGCCCACGGAACCACAAUUGCGGUCCAACACGACGACAGUGAAGGCCGACUAUUUGUUGCCAGUGUGAGCCCUCAGGUCAGAGCCAGUCUAGCCGCCACAUACGGCAUUCUUGAGAAGCAGGCGGGAUGGAUGAUCGAUCAGCUGCUGCGCGGCCCGCAAGGUCUGCGCAGCGGUGGUAAGCACGGCAGUGGAUUCACAUGGGUAGUGGAUACUAAUGCAAUGCGCGAGGCUGUCUUGACUUUGACUGCAGACGAACUUUCGCAAUCAAUGGCGGACACAGCUCCCACCGCCGACGACCCGAAUUUCGCUCUUCCGAAGCGGCCUAUCUUGUCGUCUGCUUGUCCCGGAUGGAUCUGUUACGCGGAGAAGACGCAUCCAUUUAUUUUGCCGCACCUUUCGCGACUCAAGUCCCCCCAGGCACUUUCGGGCACUUUUCUCAAGUCGGUCUUAAGCAAGUCGUUGGGAAUUUCGCCGUCUCGAAUUUGGCAUCUGGCAAUUAUGCCGUGUUUCGAUAAGAAGCUGGAGGCCAGUCGAGAAGAAUUGACCAACGUCUCCUGGCAGGUCGACGGUAUUCACAAUGAAUCUGAACUUCAGCAGCCUGUCCGAGAUGUUGAUUGUGUCAUCACGACUCGUGAACUUCUCACUUUAGCCGUAUCUCGAGGCGUCUCCCUGACGCAGAUGCAGCUCAGUCCGCUGUCUUCUACAUACAGAUUGCCGUUCCCAGUGAAGUCGCUUGACUCAUUCGCCUCUUCUAGAUACUCCUCGAGUGCCCAGAACCUGGAGACUGGAACAUCGGGAGGCUACCUCCACCACGUUCUGCAAUCGUUCCAGGCUCGAAAUCCUGGCAGUCGACUCGCGGUAAAUAGGGGCCGUAAUGCCGACGUUGUGGACUAUGUUUUGACUGCCGAAGAUGACCAGGUUAUCCUGAAAGCAGCCCGGUACUACGGAUUUCGCAACAUUCAAAAUUUGGUUCGAAAAUUAAAACCUGCCCGCUCUUCUCGGAUGCCUGGGGCGAAAACGACGGUAGGACGACGACAACCGGUAUCUCGUAAUGCCACCGGUGGCGCAUCGGGCACAGACUAUGCCUACGUUGAGGUCAUGGCUUGUCCUGGUGGGUGCACCAACGGGGGUGGACAAAUCCGCGUCGAGGACGCCAGGGCAGUUCAAGAACCGUCCUCGGCCGGUGAAGUCGUUCAGGAUGGAGAAAAUGGCAGCUUGAAGCCAUCCCCUCAUGAACAACGAGCGUGGCUUGCCCGUGUGGACGAAGCAUACUUUUCCAUGGAAUCCGAUACCGAACAUGAAGACUCGGAGACCCCCCGAGACGAGUCGCUUGGCGAAUCGGAGACUCGGAUUCACAAUGCUUUACAACAGUGGUCAGACUACAUGGCUAUUCCCCUCUCGAAACUUGUGUACACCACAUAUCGCAAGGUGGAAAGCGACGUCGGUAAAGAUCAACUUGAUGUCAAUGACACCACCAAAGUUGUCGAGCUCGCGGGGAAAAUUGGUGGUGGGUGGUAA